AUGGCCUUUUCGCUUAAAUUUGACGAAAACCUUAUACCAGAAAAUAAUAAUAAACAAAAUAUGGAUUUACACAAUUUCAAAUAUUGGCUUGCACUGCAAUCGUGCAUCGAAUAUAAAAAUGGUAUUGGCUAUAUAGAUAAAAAAUACCAUCAGACAAAAGUGGAUAUUAUGUUCAAAAAAAAAAUUAAGAUGUUAAUUGUCAAUAUAUAUCAUAGCGAUGUUUUUUUGGUUACUCAAGACGUUGAGAAAUAUGUAUGGGAAGAUAUAAGUCCAAAAAUUACAUUCUUUAAAGUUCAAUCUACAAACAAUGAGGUUGAAAAUGAAAUUGUGGUAAAUCAUGAAAAUCUCUCACAUUACAUAUGUUAUACUUCCCAUAAGAUUGAUUGGAGCAACACAAGAAUUGUAAAAGCUGCAACUAACAAGAUUAAUUUUCUCGCUUUGACUGACGAUGGCAAAAUAUAUUACACACAAAAUUCGAUCAAAGAUGAAGAAAAACAAUGCAGUAUACAUCAAAUGAAUAUACGUGAAAUGAAUAUCAAAGAGAAGAUUACAUGCAUGAGUUGCGGAUCUAAUUUUUAUGUGGUAGCUACGAACCGCCAUAUGUUCUUUUGGGGUUAUAUAUGUGAAAUGGGGAAUUCUUUUGAUAGUGAUGACGCGAUGAUGGAAUGGACUAAACCACGGUUUACAUUUGAGCCACAUAAAAUAUCCACAUUUGCAUUCAAAACAAUUGUCAAGAUAGCUUGUGGGAUUGAUUACACACUUGCUCUAACUGAUCAAGGGAAACUCUACGGCUGGGGAGGUUACUUUUUCAAAACUUGCACCGAUUAUGACACAUACUAUGAUGUAAUCUAUCCGCACCCGGUGGAUAUAAUUAAUGUACGAAACCUAUCAGACAUCGCCGUCAUUGAUUACACUAAUUUUGUCAAGUCUAGCAAGGAUGGACUUGUGUACGCAUGGGGUUUCAUUUUUCGCAGAAACUAUAAAAAACCAGCUGUUUGUGAAUAUACGAACGCGUUUGACAUAUCCAACUCGAUGAAUUGCACAUAUUAA